UCGUGUGCAUCACUUGUGUUGUUCCUCCCAACACAUGUGUUUUGGGCAAUGAACUGUUCAGUGGUUUGGGGACUCGAAUGGUCAUAGCAAUAACGCGUUUUCUUCUAUGAAGUGUUGCGUAUAAACCGUCCAUUGAAAUGCUGAUUCCUGCCAUAUUUAAAACUCAGUUGGCCUCUGUUAUGGAUCUGUUGGCUAAAGCGGUCGUGGUAGAAAUGGAGAAACUUUUUGACGACUGUUUGUCCAGUUCUGUUAAGUUUCGACUGAAGAUGUGCUCUAAGAACCAAAAGCCAAACAGUCAACUUAUGGACUCCGAGUUUAGGACGGACCGGAUGCUCUCUAUUAUGGAGACAUUAACAAAAGAGGCAAUGGAAAAAAUCAACAAGCUCUUGGAUCAAAGCCCUGCCAUGAUACAGUUGGAAAGGAUCCCGUCUGUGUCCAGGGGAAGAGCCAUGGAGGGCUCAGAAAACGCACUCCGCUGCUCGGUUGUUGUUCAGGUUGGAGAGGGAUUCAGAAGGGCAGGAGUUUCAGAGGAGCGUCCUCCCACGUCCAGCCUGUGGAGCGAUGGAGAGCCCUCGUCAGCGGAAGGGGAGACGACUCCGCGUCAGUCUGUCAUCACGAGAGACCAGCCUCCACACACGGAAGAGCAGAAAGGGGAGUCCCCUCAUGGGAAGGAGGGCAGAAUUGGGGAAGAGGUCCCGAACGACGACUUGCAGGAACCCCUGACAUUCAGGGAGAGGCAUGCAGUAAAGUCCGGUGCUGAUGCUGGAGAGACAUUGUCUAAUGAACAUGCUGAACGGUACACCGAGGAGCCUGGUGUACAGCCAACACCUUCAGAAAGCCAAGAGGAGUGCGUUUCACAGCCCUCACCUGUAAAAUUAAACUCGGUCAUCGACAAUACCCACAAUUCAACGCUUUCAACUGCGAAGAACACGAAGGCCCGCCGGGAAGCGAGCAAUGGAGAGAAACGGUUCCAUUGCACCCAGUGCGGGAGGACCUUUUUAAAACGGUGUUACCUUAAAGCUCACCAGGUUGUUCACACAGAGGAGAGACCGUUCAGCUGCGCGCAGUGCGGGAAGAGCUUCAGGUCAAAAAUGAAUCUCGGCGUGCAUCAGCUGACGGUUCACAAAGGAGAGAAGCCGUUCGGUUGCGAACACUGCGGCAAGACGUUUGGGAUGCGGAGUCAUCUUAAAGCCCACCAGAGACUUUACACGGCAGAGACGCCGUUUAGCUGCUCCUUAUGCGGAAAGGAUUUCAGAGUGAAAUGCGGCCUUAAGCUACAUCGGCAAAUGGCGCACGAAGGAGAGAGACCGUAUCAUUGCGCACAGUGCGAGAAGCUGUUCAGCACACCCAGUGAACUUAAAGCGCACCAAGUCGUGCACACGGGAGACAGGCCGUAUAGUUGCACGAAGUGCGGGAAGGGUUUCACGGCGAAACGUAGCCUCAGUGUUCAUCAGCUGACCGUGCAUGACGGAGAAAGGCCACACAGCUGCGAUAGGUGUGGAAAGAGCUGCGGCACGAAAAGUGGUCUCAAGACGCACCAGAGGCUUCACACAGGAGAGAAACCGUAUCAGUGUUUCGAAUGCGGGAAGAGUUUCAGCCACCAAACCUCGUGGAAGACCCAUCAGGUGGUUCACACGAGAGAGAAGGCCUUCUGCUGCGACGUGUGCGGGAAGAGCUUCAGCAUUUUGUCGAACCUGCACAGGCACCAGCGGACGCACACCGGAGAAAAGGCCUUCAGCUGUGCGGUGUGCGGCAAGAAUUUCACCCAGGCCAGUCAUCUGAAAGUGCACCAGACAAUUCACACCGGAGAGAAACGGUUCGCGUGCGAAACGUGCGGGAAGCGCUUCAGUCAGAAGAGUGCGCUCAAAUCGCACCGGAGAGUUCACACGGGAGAGAAACCGUACACUUGCGACACCUGUGGACAGAGUUACAGCUCCGCGAGCUAUUUCAGCAGACACAAACUGAUUCACACAGGAGAGAAACUGCACAGCUGUACCGAGUGUGGGAAGACCUUCACGCGGGAGAGCAGUCUUUAUUUACACAAACGCACUCACACUGGGGAGAAACCGUACGGCUGCAAUGAAUGCGAGGCAAGCUUCAGCCUGGUGCAGAACCUCAGACGCCAUCAGCAGAUACACACGGGAGAGAAACCGUUCAGCUGCGCCACGUGUGGAAAGUGGUUCAGACAAGCUAAUAACCUUAAAGCACAUGAACAAAUUCACAUGGGUGAGAGAGGACACACCUGUGACAAGUGUGGGAGGAGUUUUGCGUGCUCGAGGAAACUCAAAGAACACAAGUGUGUUUGCUUGAUUAGUAACCUCGAAGAUCUCAAAUUAAUUAAUAAAGGCGUUGUUGAAAUUCACGGCGAUAUGUCGAAUCUUAGUACAUUUCAGACUAAGUUAGCUUCUGUUAUGGAUAUACUGACUAAAGCGGCCGUGGCAGAAUUUAAUAAACUUGUUGGUGAAGGUUCCCCUCAGUCUGCUGACUUGAGUUCUGAGAUGUCGAGUCAGGCUGAAAACGAUUCUCCAAAGAAAGUGUUGGAGAGCGAGUUUCUAGCGUUAGUCAUGGGGAUCCUGACAAAAGAGGCGCGGGAGAAAAUCGGCAGACUCGUGGAGGAGGGCUCUGCGGCGCUGCACCUGGAGGGGUCCCAGAGUCGGAGGGAGAACGAGGUCCUGAAGAGGAAGCUGCAGCUGAUGGAGAGCCAGCUGAGGACAGUGAGAGCGCACGGGGAGGGGAGAGCACCGGAGAGCUCAGCGACCACUCCCAGCUGCUCUGUGGGAGUCCAGGUUGGCCACGAGCACGGGGGACAGGAAAUAGAUGUAGAAGAGGUCUGUGCUACGGAGAGUCUGACCGAUGAGAGCCAGCACUGUGAGGAGGACCAGGCCCCACAGCCCAGUCCAGCGGAGUUAAACUCUGACAUCACCGAUCGAAACGGAUACGCUGUGAGUGAUGCAGAGCGUUUGAGUGCCGUUGCCCGGGCGGGCCCCCUCGUGGAUCACCAGUACUGCGCAGAGGUGCGUGAGCCGCCAUGCGCCCCUGCCGAAAACCCGCCGGGGAAACGGGGCCCCCGGCCCGCUCCGAACUCGGAACCGAACUCGGCCGCCACGGGCGAAACGGGGCGUGGCCAGCGGAGGAGGGGGGGCCCGAGGAAGAGGGCGGGCGCUCAGCGGGAGGCCGCGGGGGGGCCUGGAGCGGGCGGCCGUGCACGACUUGGCGGCGGUGUUGGCGGCGGCGGGGGCGCGGGCUUCAGGUCCCAGUGCAGUCUGAACGCCCGCCAGCUCGCCGCGCGCGGGUCGGAGAAGCGCUACGGCUGCUCGCACUGUGGCAAGCUCUUCCUGAAGCAGAGCCACGUCCGGGCGCACCAGAUCCCGUCCCGGGACGGGAAGCCGUUCCGCUGCUCGCUGUGCGGCGGGGACUUCGCCGUCAAGUGCAGCCUGAAGCUGCACCAGCGGACGGCGCACGCGGGAGAGAAGAAGCUGCACCGCUGCUCGCACUGCGGGAAGCUCUUCGGCACGCCGGGGCAGCUCAGGACGCACCAGGUCGUUCACACGGGCGUCAAGCAGUUCCGCUGCGCGCAGUGCGGGAAGGGCUUCACGGCGAAGACCAGCCUCAACAAACACCAGCUGGCGGUCCACAGGGGGGAGAGGCCCUUCCCGUGCGACAUGUGCGGCAGGAUUUUCAGCCAGAGGAGCGGCCUCAAGGGCCACCAGAGGAUACACACGGGGGAGAAGCCCUUCGAAUGCCUCGACUGCGGGAAGAGCUUCCGCUCCAGCAGUUCGUACAAAAAGCACAAGGUGGUCCACACGAGGGAGAAGGCGUUUUGCUGCGAGGUGUGCGGCAAGUGUUUCACCGCCUCGAACAACCUGAAGAGGCACUGGUUGAUACACACAGGGGAGAAGCCGUUCAUCUGCACGGUGUGCGGGAAGAGUUACACUCAGUCCAGCCAUCUGAAGGUGCACCAGAAAACGCACUCGGGAGGACACGCUUCCGCGAAUUCCCGCGUCCGCGUCCAUAAGAACAUUCUCACGGAGAAGAAGCGGCACGGUUGUGAUAAGUGCGGAAGGACCUUCGCGUGGGAAAGCAGCUUCCGUGCGCACCUGCGCACUCACACGGGCGAGAAACCGUACCGUUGCGACAAGUGCGGCGCAAGUUUUACCACCGCGCCCAAUCUGGCGCGACAUCAGCGAAUACACACGGGGGAGAAGCCGUUCAGGUGCGGCACGUGCGGGAGGAGUUUCAGACAAGCGAACAAUCUCAAAGCGCACCAGCAGACGCAUUCCGAAAAGAAGCACUUCUGCGAUAAAUGCGGGAAGGGUUUUGCUCAUCCACGAAAACUUAAAGACCACAAAUGCGUGUAUGUUUGAAGGCGCAAACUAUGGAAGGAGGCCCAUUGACUUGAUCAAUUUUUUUUUUACAGCAGUAAAAUUAUACUGGAAAGAGAAGGCAUUGUCAUGCUACAACAAGUAUGCAAAUAUUUCCUGAA